CCGUGUAAACUGCAGUCUUGAUAUAAAAACAUUGAUGGUGGAUAAUUUAGCCCGGCGUUGAGGGUCCCGGGGAGAAUAAAGGAUUCGAAAGUCUUCUCGCACCUCAGUCUGAAUCCGGAGACAUGGCUCGACCACGGCCGCGGGAAUACAAGGCAGGAGAUGUGGUUUUCGCUAAGAUGAAGGGAUACCCGCACUGGCCAGCGAGGAUUGAUGAGCUUCCAGAGGGAGCUGUCAAACCCCCUGCCAACAAGUAUCCCAUCUUCUUCUUUGGGACCCACGAAACUGCAUUUUUAGGCCCCAAGGAUCUUCUGCCGUACAAGGAGUACAAAGACAAAUUUGGCAAGUCCAACAAGAGGAAAGGCUUCAAUGAGGGCCUGUGGGAGAUCGAGAACAACCCCAGAGUCAAGUUCACAGGCUAUCAGGCCAUCCAGCAACAGAGUUCAUCAGAGACAGAAGAGGGGGGGAACACUGCUGAUGGCAGCAGUGAGGGCGAGGAGGGUGAUUCUGUUGAGGAGGAAGAUGACAAGGAAAAGCUGAAGGGAGAUAAGACUGGAUCCAAACGGAAAAAAACAGCCACCUCUAAGAAGUCCUCCAAGUUGUCAAGGAUCUCCUCUGCAGUGGACGACCUGGAGAAGGACGGGAAAGAUGAAGACCAGAAGAGCGGCUCAGAGGGAGAGGACCCUGACAACGACAUCAUCCAAAAUACCACAGACAGUAAGAACCAGCUGCUCAUAGAAGAACAUUAAGAGAAGAAAGCAUGAAAGGGAAAUCAUUCUUUGUAGCUGUGAUGUUGGAAAGGUGAACCCACAACAUGAUUUCUCAUCAGCGCCAUCUACUGACUGCCAUUGUCAACUCCUUCUUUGUUGGACUGAGUUUAUCUGAAAGAUGCCCCCUGAUACUGGUACCAGUUAUCACACGGAUACCAGUAAAACUGGGCAAUGUGUCAUACAGUUCCUUUCUACUUAAAAUCUAGAUUAAUUUCAGAAGUGAAUCAUCUGCAAUUCUGAACUCUGUAAAAAGUGAGUUUUGAUUGGUUUUACCCAGCGACUAUGAAUGAUUGUUUAUAUUAUCAUUUCAAAUAGAUUAAUUAUAUAGUAUAGGAUAUUCAAAGGGGCAUUGAGUUCUUGAAAAAUUCAUCAUUCUCUUAACAACCAAUAAGACCUAUGAUAUUGUUAACUAUGUUUACAUCUUCAUAUUAAUAGCCCUGUCAAAAAUUUAAAAAGUGUUUUAAACUAGCAGAUAAACCACUUUCAGAACCUUAAGCAAAUGCUGGGUGGUGUCGUUGUUUCCAUUUCCAUAGAAACUUAAGCUACAUUUCCACCAGAAGGACUUUCCAAGUGCGGGAACUCUGCUUUUCCACUGCUCAGACCAGGGUUUAAAAGUACUGGGCUAGUUUUUUUACACACCAAAAGUCCCACUUUAGGGGGGUGGGUACUUUAACAAAGUACAGGAACCUUUGGGGUGGAGCUUGCAGUGCUGGAGAUGCCUGAUUUGCCCCUCAAUUUCUUAUUGUCUUUUCUUCAAGUCAAGUAUUUCAGGUGUUUUUGAAGAUACUUUGUUACUAGUGCUUAUCUCUUCCAGUGUAAUCCCAUUGACAAAGCUGAAAAUUAUGAUCGACACUAUCAGUGGAUCUCCUCCAUGUCUACUGUGGUUGUAUUGUUUCUAAAAAUAUAUAGCGUCAUUGUUGUUUAGUCUUUGCAGAACACAGCCUGGUGGAUUGGACAGCUUGUUAUAGCCAUGGUUGUUCACUUCAGAAGGUAAAUUUGCCUAUAAUCUGCCCUGGUCUUUGGACCGCUGUGGAAAUGUAGGUGAAAACAGUCUUUAGGAAACUUUUAGAUCCUCGAAAAAGUUCCUGGGACAAAACAUGUCAGGUACCUUUUCUUGAAACACAGCUUACACCCAAAAUUACACCCAAUUACAGACCCAUCAUGGAUUUGUCUUCACAAAAUGAUUUUAAAGUUUGAAAGCAGGGGUAGAGAAUAUAUUUCCUCUUAAAGGGAUAGUUCACAGAAUAAUGUCAAUUCAGUUAUCAUCUACCACCACUAUGUUGAUGAAGGGGUGGGUGAAGUGUUUGAGUCCACAAAACUUAAGGAGUUUCAGGGGUAAACAGUGUUCAACACAAUUGAAGUACCUGUUGACUGAUUCUUCAAAAGUAAAAAUGAACAGAAUAAAAACAGAAAAUACCUCCAUGCUGCUCCUAUGGUUUCAUCCAGACAUUCAAAUUUGACUUAAAACGGCGUAAUUUUUUUAAGUUUGAAGAAGUGGUCACCAGUUAAUUCAAUUGUAUUUUUUUUCCCUGAGACUCCUAAAGUGUUUUGUGGACUCAAACACUUCACCCACCUCUCCAUCAGCAUAGUGCUGAGUAAAUAAUGAGUGAAUUUUCAUUUCUCAAUGAACUGUCCCUUUAAGGGGCCAUUUCCAUUUUUUAUUACAUCCUCUGAGUGCCAUAAUAAACUGUUCAGCUUUUUUGGUGAGGAAUGAAAUGAUAGUGAUGAUGAUGCAUCCACAGCAUUAACAUGGCUUUUUCACAAGUUCUUCUUCUGUAUAAGGUUUAGCUAUUAGAUAUCUCACCACAAAAUAUGCCUGCACACUGUUGCAGUCAGACUGUGGUCUCGUGAUAGCUGAUUUUUCAGCAUUAAACUUCACAUAAGAUUUAUUUAACUUUAAAUGAUGUAGUUCAGCUGCAUGUUUCCAACUAAACUCAUCCAGAAGUGGUUCAUACAGUCAUGAUGCAGCACCCUAAAGGACAUGUCAGUCUAUUAUAUUCUGUCAGUUUCUGUAAUUGCAGAUAAUUGCAUAAUUAGAUUUCUGGAUUUUCUGUAGAGUUUCUCUGCCCUGUCUUAAAGGACGACUGGAAAUGUAUAUUAGCAAAAAUUGGAUGGUAUGCUAACCUAUGUAAAUAAAAUAUACAUGAAUACAAAAGAUUUUUUUCCACUGACGGUAACACAGCUUCGAUAGCUUAAGACUAAUACUAAGUUAGUUGAAUUAGAAAAAUCUGCUGUUUAAGCUUAACUUAAAAAUAUAACAUGAGAACUUUGUGGUAAUGCAGUUACAUAUUGGGCCACUUGCAUUAUUAAAGUCAAUACAGGCUCCAACGUUCUGUAACUAAAUGUGAUAUCAUUUGCUUUAUCUUUACUAGUACCUCUUCUUCAUCACACACCUGGUUCAGCUAUUUGAACCUCAUUUCAUCCACAGCUCUGACAGUCCCUACCUGAUUGUGUGCUCUGGAACAGUAAAAAAGAUGACUGAUUAUUUUUAACAGGGAUUCGUAUUGAAAACGAAUUAAUAUAUCUGCACAGAAGGUCAGCUUGACAGUAAUUUGUGAGGUCUGUGUCCCAGUAAACAACACAGUAUGUGUGUAUCUCAAUUCUGUAUGUGACACAGUAUAAUGUCAUAGCGACACUGCAUUCAUAUGUUGGUCAGAUAUAAGGAGGUUGAGGUGGUUCAUCUUCUUUCCAUUGCUUCAUAAAAUCAAACAGCGUAGAUAGCCAUCAGUCAAUAUUUAUACUGGUGCAUACCUGUCUGUAUUGUAUCCCUUAUGGUCACCUGUCACUGUGUACAAAAGCAUUUGAUAAGACUUCCACAUACAUAUAUACGUAUAUGUUGGGAAUUGCGGUGUACUGAUCACUCUAGAUGUAGCUGGAAAUAGUCUUUUUACAUGGGUGUCAUGGGAUAGACUUCUGGAAUAUUUAGAAACGGUUAAACAUUAUCCAUCACACUAUACUACUCUUUUAUGUACCCAGAAAAAUAUGAAUGGAACUACAUGGAUAGAUGUAUGAAGUGUUGUGCACAACUGGGUUACACAUUGUAACUCAAUAUUAACUAUAAAUGUAUAUUUAACUUUUGUUGUAGAAUAAAGGUCCAUUAUUCUACUGGGACUGCGCUAGGUAACAGCUCAUCUUUUUAUGGAACAAGUGACACAUCUGUUCUUCUGUGUAUCUGUGGAAUAGAUCACUGUAUAUUUCAAAGCUUUUGUAGUGGCAUGCUCUGCUGUUGUACUCUACACCAUUCUUUUAUGAAAGUGUCUAAAUCUGAUAUUUGUUGGUAUGUGAUUGAAUUGGAGGUAAAAAUACACAAUCCACAUUUUUCUGUUGCCUUGUCUCAGUUUUUAAAGCUGACAGUAAACUGAACCACGGUUGUGGAGAUGAUUUUCUAUCUCAAACCUUGUGAACAACAUGCUAACAUGCUGUGUGAUAAUGCAUUUUAUAGUUUCCAAGCCUGUUAGAUUGAUGACACCAGUCUACUUUGACUUUCACUCUGGGCAACUUGCCUUUAUUUUACUCCAACUAUUGUCAUGAGAUAUAGAUUUAUUUAUUUUUGAUGACUGCUGAAUGAGAAAACUUCUGUAUGUAAACUCAUGUUUUUUAUUCCCUUUAAACCUUUGUUAUGCUCAUUUUUUAAACAUGUUUUGCAUUUUCAAGGUUUGUAAUUUACAGUAAACUGUUUUGCUGUUU